UUCCCCUGCUCCUUUCCCAGGCCUCGCUUUCCUUUCCGUCCAGGAAAGAUCAUUCCGCUUGUGAUCCCGCUGAGGAAAGAGACUCCGAUGGACUUGCACCGGGCAGCAUUCAAGAUGGAGAACUCGCCCUAUCUUCCCAACCCGCUGGCCUCCCCGGCGCUGAUGGUCCUCGCUUCCACCGCGGAGGCCAGCCGUGACGCCUCCAUCCCGUGCCAGCAGCCGAGGCCUUUUGGGGUCCCCGUGUCAGCGGACAAGGACGUGCACAUCCCCUUCACCAACGGCUCAUACACUUUCGCCUCCAUGUAUCACCGGCAAGGUGGGGUGCCGGGAGCGUUUGCAAACCGUGACUUUCCUCCGUCCUUGCUUCACCUGCACCCCCAGUUCGCACCCCCCAACCUGGACUGCACGCCCAUCAGCAUGCUGAACCACAGCGGCGUCGGGGCUUUCCGCCCCUUCGCCUCCACCGAGGACCGGGAGAGCUACCAGUCGGCCUUUACGCCGGCCAAGCGCCUCAAAAACUGCCAUGACACCGACUCGCCCCACCUGCGCUUCUCGGACGCCGACGGGAAGGAGUACGAGUUUGGGACGCAGCUGCCCUCCAGCUCCCCCGGCUCUCUCAAAGUCGAUGAGACGGGGAAGAAGAUCUUUGCGGUUUCUGGCCUCAUUUCCGACCGGGAGACUUCAUCCAGUCCUGAAGAGCGCAGUGACAGAUAUAGAAGCGACAACCAAAGAGGGCCCCAGGCGUCUGCAACUGCCACUCAUCGUAUGAUUUUAACUCUCCCCCUCUGUAACUGCCAUACAGGCCUGCGUGCACCCCUGCGUCGGCGUCGCAGGCCCCGCGUGCGCCGCUCUGCCUGGGUACCUGUUGCCUCCCCGCCCGGGUACCUGUGCCUGGCGCGCGGCCCGCCGAGCAUCUGUGCCUGCGUCCUGGCCCCCGCAGGCUGUAAAUACUGCCAGUGUGUCGGGGAGGUUGAGCGGUUUAUGGCUCAAG